UUCAAUAACCCAUUCAAUCAUAAACCGGGCAUUGAGCACUCGCACACAGAAGGUCCCAUUCAGAUCGAUGUUUCAGACACUGCUACUCUGGAUAAAGUUCGCCGUGCAAGUACAUAAUAGGCCACUGAUCUACAUACUUAGUAUUCAGAUCAGUGGUGUAGACCUGUUAUGCUAAGUUGAGUCUACGUUUCUAGAAUAUACAAAGUAAGGUGUGAACCGGUGUGAAAUGGAGUGGGAUUCAUGUGCUUCGACUGCAGAGAAAAUAAUGGAGAUGCUCUGACCUAUGCACAUUGUUGACAGAUACCAUCAUUUUUAUUAGCCCCCUUUUAUACAUGAGUUGUAAUCCAGUCGUGAACAUUGACGCAGAUUUAUAUUCAACUAUAUAGAACGCCGGUGUUCAAACAGAAACACUAUCAUUGAGAAAGAAUAUUUUAUACGCCUCAUAGGAUUGUUGAACCGCUGAGCAAGAAGGAUUGCGUUUUUGUGCACUUCGAGGUCGAUUAACGCAUAAUGCAGGUGCAGCUGCAACGUAACUUAAGUAUAUAACGGCUUGCUUAAUCACCCUUUCUCCUGGAAUAUAUGGUGAUAUAAUGAGCGAUAUGUCGAUGUCCUCAAGAGUCCGAUGUCCCUUUUGUGCCUUUAAGAGCCUGGUCGAACGAGAAGUAAACUUUUUGUUUCAUCUUGAAGGCAUUUGUUCCGGUGCCAGGAUCAUCGUUUCCUUGACGAAUGCAAUGAGGUCAAAGAGUCAUAGCUUCACUCUUGCAACAAUCUCGCAAGGGUUGGUGGACCACGGACACCACGUAACGGUCCUAUCAGGGUCAAACAGAGGUACUGACGGAUUCAAGGAGACUUCCUUCAACGAUUCCUUAAUCUACAAGAUACCCUACACACAGGACGAGACGGAUGACCUACAGGAUAAGUUUACGAGAGUGUCCUUCAAGAAAAGAUCGGUAGUGGACUAUGCUGAAUUGCUUCCUGUUGCGGGGGAAUACUUCCAAGUCGUAUCCACCAGUUGCAAGAGUCUCUUUGACGAUCCAUCGCAUCUGCAACGUCUCAAGGACAAAUCCUAUGAUGCCAUUAUCGGGAUUCCUUUCUGCCCUUGUGAUGGUCUCCUAGCGGAAUACCUGAACAUCAGCUUUAUCGCAUUCACAGCCUCGUUCCGUUACGAAACUUUCAAUGAAUUCACGGUUGGGAUACCGGCCCCUAGUUCCUAUGUUCCCUUCCCUCUCAUAGAAGCCCUCACGGAUGAGAUGACUUUCUCGGAGCGCAUCUACAACGCGUUCUAUCGCUUUGUCUUUGUCAAGUAUCUCCUGCACGUGUGGUCCAAGCCCUUUGUGGCCAUUCAGCAGAAGCUUCACAUCUCACCACAUCUGUCCAUUGACGACAUACUCGGCAAGGCCAAGCUUUGGUUAGUGAACACCAACUUCGCCUUGGACUUUCCACGACCAACAGCCCCGGUAUGGAUACCAAUUGGUGGCAUCUUGACAGAGGAAUCAAAACCAUUGCAACAGGGAUUCGCCAGUACAGACUGA